AUGCCAUCAAAGCAGCUAUCCAUGACUCAUGCUGCCAAGCAUCAGCCGAAAGGGGUCGCAAGUAGCGGUGGUGCACAAACGGGUGUAGGUGCUAUAAAAUCACAAUAUCUGGUCGACAAUCCUCGUGGAGACGGGGUCGCAAGUAGCGGUGGUGCACAAACGGGCGUAGGAUAUUGUUGGAA